UGGUCGCUGAUUUUGGAUUUCUCCACCAGUUAGUCGCUUGCGCUUGCGAAGGAGGUCUGCCGGGUUUUGUAACAACGGUCACGAGCGAAAUCGUACAGCAAACGGGGAAAAAGGUCUUGCCCUCUCGCCAAAUGUCACGAAACCAAACUAACAAGCGCGCGUGUAAUUGAAUUGAAGGUGGUGUACUGGCAGCUUUGGGUGAACCUUGCGAACAGCAGUGGUGGAUCCGAAAUGAACGCAACACAAACUGCACUUCCCAACGUUUGAACGUAUUGAUUUGAAUUUCUGCCCAUACAUGCCCGCCGUCUUUCUACUGUGGGGUGUUGAAGCAAGUGUGCACUCGGGAGUGUCACUGGUGCGACAAUGUGUUUGUGUGAGCGGUCCCGCUGAUGCAUUUGUGCAUUUGGCCAGUGCCAGUCGCUAGGGAAGACGAUUGCAGUUGCAUUCGGUGAAGAAUUGCACUCGGGUGCAAUUUCAUAGCGUUUUGCUGUGUGUUGAUCGUGUUUUUGUGUGCCGUUCGUUCGUUUCUUGUGUCGUUGUAAUCAUCUCAGGUGGUUUAGGUGGAAAGUUUUUCGCUAAGGAAUCUCUCUUCAGUGCAAAUUGCGGCAGAACGUUCAACAAAAUCUGAAAACAAACCCCGAAUGGCAAACGAGCGAUGCCCGCCCGCAAAGUGUCGUCUGCUGGCGGUCGUCUUGAUAACGCUCACGCUGCUAGUAACGCUCGUGAUGGCGCUGUCAGCGAGCGGUGGUACCGUGCCGCAGCACGACAUCCCCACCCCACCGGACGCCAGUGAUCCAUCAUCAUCCGGCAUCUGUAUGGUGGCCUUCGAUCACGGUCUUGCCAUCGGGUCGCUGCGCCAAACGUACGGUGGGAGCAGCUACUGCGCCUACGAAGGCAUACCGUACGUGCAGCCACCAGUCGGCAAACUUCGAUUUGAGGAUCCACAGCCGUACCAGUUGGAGGGGGCCCGGCUGUUUCAGAACGUCUCGAAGGCAUGCCCGCAGGCGUACGAAGCACCGGCCCAGAUGGAGAAGCUCGAGACGAGUGAGGAUUGUUUGUACUUGAACGUUUACGGGGGCCGUUUGCCGGGGGCGGCCAAGCCGGAUGAUGCGCUGUGGCCGGUGAUGCUCUGGAUUCACGGUGGAUCGUUUGUGGUCGGAUCGGCACAGACCGACAUCUUCGGGCCGGAGUUUCUGGUGGAGAAGGGCAUCAUCGUGGUAACGUUCAACUAUCGGCUGGCCGCGCUCGGCUUCCUCUCGCUUCCGGACCUCGGCAUUAACGCGAAUCUCGGCCUGCUCGAUCAGCUCGAGGCGCUCCGGUGGACGGCUCGCAAUGCCAUCCAGUUCGGCGGUGAUCCGACCCGGAUUACGCUGUGCGGCUGGAGCGCCGGGGCGGCCUCGGUGACGUACCAUCUCUACUCGCCCGCCGCCAAGGGCCUGUUCCACAAUGCGAUCAUCAUGAGCGGCAGCAUGACGCAAUCCUGGGCGUACGAUUUCGACCCGGACCGGUGCGGGCGCGAGUACCUGCGCCUGCUGGACGCCACCAACCGCGAGCAGCUGCAGUCCCGCCCGCUCGCCCGGCUGAUGGCGAUCGAGCGCGCGUUUCACAUCAAUUUCUUCUCCCUGUUCUACUACUGCUUCCUGCCGACCGACGACAGCUAUCGGCCGGAGCCGGAGCUGCGGAUCGUUGGGCAGGAUCCGUUCGCGCGGGUCCGGUCCGGGCCGCCGGAAAGCGACGUGCCGCUGCUGGUCGGUUACACGACGCUCGAGCACGGGAACUUGUUUCUGGAGCGCGAUUUUUCCCACACCACGCCCAACUUCCCGAACGAUAACGCGACCGUGCAGGCGCUGCUGGAGGACUACCUGGACAGGCGGGCGGCCCACGGCAACAGGUCGGUGCCGAGGCGUCGCUUCUAUCAGGAGCUCGCGUCGGUGGCGGACAUUAUCUACGGCAUACAGUACUUCGUGCGGCAGGCGGCAGCCCACAAGCGAGCGCCCCUCUACCGCUAUCAGUUCGCGUACGAUGGGGCUUUUGGGUACGCGAAGCAUUGGUACUACCGGAACGAGAUAGUGCGGCCGGAUUUGCCCGGUCCGAUGCACGGCGACGAGCUGGGCUAUCUAUUCACGCCUUUCGUGUACCGGAGGCACCGGGGGAAGGACAUCGAUGCAGGCGCGUACCGAACGGAGCGUCGUGUGCAGCGCCGGAUGCUACGCCUGUGGUCCAACUUUAUCAAAUAUGGCAAUCCGACACCGGUAACGUCGAGGCAAGGCAACGGCACGGCUGGACGACGGAUCGUCCGCUGGUAUCCUUACAACGAUCCGAUACCGGAACGAGCCAACCACUAUCUUCGGAUCGAUCGGCGGAUUCAGCUGCUACCGGAAGCGGAUGGUGAAAACCCGUUCCAUCGGCUUUGGGAGCGCGUGUUCCGGUGUCUGUACGAGUUCGAUUGUGAAUUCUUAAGUGCCGACAGCCCACCCGAGGACGUUCGGCGGUGAGUGUGGCGGUGUGCGUUAAAAUGAAGGGAGAAAAGUGUGUUAAAAAUCUGUGCGUUUUGCUCCGGUGUCUAUGAAAGGGGUAUGGAAAGAAUAAUACACCCACAAUCCCUCCAUCCCAUCAACAUUUCUGCUAGUGUGAUAAAGAAUAAGUCGGAUCGAUGCUUGGUCCGCUCGAUUGUUCCGAAGAAAGAAAAGAAAGUAAGCAUCCUACACACAUCCACACGCACCGGGUGGAAAGAGAAGCUUUCUUUGCUGUCCGGAAUUAGGAUAAUGCGUGCUUUGUGUUCCUGUAUGCUCCCUGCUUUAAUCUGCCCACCGCUGGCAGAACCAUCCCACCGUAUCCAUGUUCAGGUGAAUAAAAUCGACAGCAGAAAAGCCGAUCAGUGACAGUAAAAUGAUUGCCAGGUUGACUUUGUGGCGAAGAUGAUGAUGAUGAUGAUGAUGAUGUAGUCGAAGAUGGAUCCCGGAACAUAUUCCACAAUUCCGAUGCGUGCAGGUGUGUGUGUGUGUGUCAUCUUUUUUUUAUUGUUGGGAGUUGCUUUUCGACAUUGUUAAGAAGAUUUAUCGGCGAAUGAAUGUACAAUAAAAGGGCAGGAAAAGAUGUGUCUGCACCGUUGGAAGUUUUGUUUAUUUUUUAUGUUCGGGUUUUUUUUAUCACUUUCUUCAAUGCAUGAAUGCAAUAAAAGCAAUGAAAAUGUAAGACAUGAAUUGCUAGGAAUUGCGGUACCGUUGAGCUGUGAUUGUUAUGGGGAUUUGCUCUUAUUUACUUGCGCCUUUUAAAACGAGCUAAACGAAUAAGGAAGGAGUAUGCAAUAAA